CUAAGUAGUUUAAAUACACGUGUGAUGAUUGUAGCUUGUAGUUUACGUAAAAACAACGUAAAUAGAGUGUAAUUAAUAAAAUAGCUACGAUGGCUAAUACUAUUGUAAACAACAAUGCUCCACAAGUACAAAUAAGAUUCGUUACCAAGCAAGAACAAUAUGCUGUUCCAGACUUUCCAUUAUCUGUACAUACGGCUAUUACACCAAAUGAAUUGAAUACUCUAGUGAAUGAGCUCUUAAAAGAAUCGACUGAUACAAAAAAUGAUGUAGAAUUUGAUUUUCUGGUGUGCUCUCAGUUUCUACGUACUUCAUUAUUGGAUCACAUAACAGAGAAGAAUAUUUCUACCGAGGAGGUUAUAAUAGUAGAAUAUGUAGAAAAGUAUCCACCUCCAGAGCCACAGGACUGUCUUAUACAUGACGAUUGGGUAUCCACAGUUGCAGUUUGUGAAAAAUGGAUACUGACUGGAUGUUACGACAAUACGUUACAUAUCUGGACAUCAAAAGGGAAACAUCACCUUGUAAUUCCUGGUCACACAUCACCCGUUAAAGCAGUGGCAUGGAUAUCCUUGAAUGAUGACACUGCAAGUUUUGUUAGUGCAUCUCAAGAUCAAACAGCUAUAAUAUGGGUCUGGAACAUUUCGGAGAAUUCUGUAGACUGCAUACACGUAUGCAGGGGUCAUGAACGUGGACUCGAAGCUGUUAGUGUAAACUAUGACCAUACCAUGAUGGCAACUGGUGCUUGGGAUACAAUGCUUAAAAUUUGGUCCACAUCUAAUCAAGACGAAAAUGAAGAUGGUGAAUCUACGUCGAAAAGAUUGAAGUCAGAGCAUGGUAAAACAAGGACUCCCAAAAGAACGAUGAAAGGUCAUAAAGAAGCUAUCAGCGGUAUAGUCUGGUCAGAUAAAACGGAAGUCAUAACAUGUGCAUGGGACCACACGAUAAAACUAUGGGAUACGGAAUUAGGAGGCAUUAAACAUGAACUUGCUGGCAAUAAAAGUUUCUUUGACAUUGAUUAUUCUCCUUUGUCGCGUGCUGUUAUAACAGCAUCUGCUGAUAGGCACAUCAGGUUAUAUGAUCCAAGAUCUAUAGAGGGAACGCUUGUGAAAACAAUAUUCACAUCUCACACACAAUGGGUACAAUCUGUAAGAUGGUCGACUAUGGAUGAAAAUCUGUUUAUUUCAGGGGCGUAUGAUAAUAACAUGAAACUUUGGGAUACCAGAAGCCCCAAAGCGCCAUUAUUUGAUCUAUCCGGGCACGAAGACAAAGUAUUAUGCUGCAACUGGUCGAAUCCUAAGUUCAUAGUGUCUGGAGGUGCAGAUAACACUGUAAGAAUAUUUAAAUCGAAACAUAUUGUCCGUUAAUGACAAACUAGCAGCAUUGUAACAAUUACAUAUAACAGGACAAACAAAAUAUCAUCUAAAUAGUGCAAAUUUAAUAUUUAUUUUACUCUAAAUUAAACAAUGUAAUCGUCUAAAUGAAAUAGAGUUCAGUAUUUUUGCCGCCAUGACACGUACUGAUCAGAAAAUCUUGUAAUCGAUGUAAAACAAACGAAUGAUUCACGCUCGCGAUUGCAUCGUCGCGUUCCAAAUAAACCA